GCGAUGUGUGCGCGUUCGCCGUGUUCUUUAUAGUCACGCAACCGUAGCUCAAUAGUACGCUGGUCCAUCGUCGCAGAAGGUGGCAGACCUCGUCACGUUCGGCAGCAGCGGGGCGCAGUCCUGCGUAGGACCUGAUGCAGAUCGAUCAUAUGGAAUUGCAGGGAUAAGGACGUGGUGCAACAACUCCAGUGCCUCGAAGUCGUAUUGCACACUGGGACCCCCCGCUCGGGAAUCGACCUCGAAGAGAACAUAGCCAGCAGUUCUGAGAAAGACAGCACAGUUCUUUCAUCUCUCAAGAAAGGGCAUUGAGCGAACUGAUCCAGCUAUGGCGAUAUAAGCUUUGGACGGAUCAUGAAAUAGAGUGGGAUCACCUCGCAUACGCAUAUGCAGAGGGACGCCGACUCUCGGGCAUCCUGUACACACAUCGUAUUGCAGACAUCCGCAUGGACGGCACAACCAAGCAGAACUUGCAGCUGCUCCAGCAUCUCUGGUGAAGAUGCGUUCCCGAAUAUCUCCGUGGUCACCACAAUGUGGGAUGAGGUCGGGUUGGAGCUAGCGGAGUCGCGUGAGAGCGAAUUGGCAGAGGAUGCGUGCUUCUUCAAACAGGUGUUGGACGGCGGCGCAACCAUGCAGCGACACCAGUCGAUAAACGACCUGGAAUCAGCGCAAGCGAUCGUGGAUGAGCUCGCAGUGAACAUCCCUUAUGCAUUGAAGGUCCAGAUUGAGUUGGUGGACGAGCAGAAGAAGUUAGUGGAGACAUCCGUGGGUCAGGAGCUCGAGCGAGAGUUGACCGAACAGCUGGCCAAGCACCGAGUGGAGUUGAGCGGAUUGCGCAAGGAGAUGAAGCAGGCGUUCCGGCAACAGAACGACGAGACGAGACUGGAGCUUGAGAUGGAAAGUCACAAG